GACGGACGGCGCUCGGGGCGGCAGCGUGGCGGCCGCGGCGUACGGCGGCGGCAGGAGACCGAGAGAGGAGAAAGGAGAGGCGGAGGAGGCCCGCGAGGAGAGCGGAGCGGCGAGGAGAGGCCCGCGCCGGCCCCCGGGGUAGGAAGAGGCGGAGGAACCUGCCGCUGCCGAGGCCGGCGGGGAGGGCGAGUCACCCGGCAACGAUUAACUGCUGAAGUACUGAUAGAGUUCUGCUAUUCUUCAAUGAGGAACUACAGGCUGAUCUUUUGCCAUAAUCUUAAACAACCAUAAAUGACAAAAGAAUGCUUGGUCAGUGAGGGCAGCUGGCGCAGAAAACAUUUUUCAAACUCGGCUGUUUAAGUACUCUGAGAAAAGACAGCUUUGAUUUUUGGCUGCAAAAAGAUAUGAGGAAGAGCUCCUCCCCUUCCUUGAGUAACUGCAACUCUGUUCUUGCUAACAAAAUAUUUGGAAUUCCACUUGAUGAGCUGCAGCAAGAAGGGCAACCAGACAAUGAGGUUCCAUUCAUAGUCCGCCACGUAGUGGACUAUAUUGAGGAACAUGGGGGUCUGGAACAAGAAGGACUUUUUCAAGUCAAUGGGAACGCUGAGACAGUGGAGUGGCUUCGGCAACGAUAUGAUAAUGGAGAGGAUGUGGACCUGGUUAAAGAAGCAGAUGUACCCUCAGCUAUUAGCCUUCUUAGAUUUUUUCUUCAGGAACUUCCAGAGCCAGUUAUCCCAGGCAGUUUGCACAUACAUUUGAUGCAACUUUCUCAAGAUUAUAAUAAUGAAGAUGAAUUUGGAAGAAAGUUGAGGUUCCUCUUGCAGCAGCUUCCACCUGUUAAUUACAGUUUGUUAAAGUUUCUGUGUAAAUUUUUAGCCAAUGUAGCAUCGCAUCAUGAAGAAAUUUGGUCAGCAAGUUCUUUGGCUGCAGUCUUUGGCCCAGAUGUUUUUCACAUUUACACAGAUGUGGAGGAUCUGAAGGAACAAGAAAUAGUUAGCAGAAUAAUGGCGGGACUUCUGGAGAACUACUAUGAAUUCUUUGAAAAUGAAGAGGAAGAUUUUUCAUCUACUAAUGAUUUAAGCUCAAUAACUGAGCAGCCCACAGCACACUUUGCUCUUUUUCAAAUGAAGCAUUUUUACAUGAAGUGUUCGUUUGGGAUAGCAAAAAUAAUCAGGAUGGCCUGUAAAGUCCUGCUGCACAGUGCCCAUAUUUCUCCCAUAAGCAUCUUGCCAGCCUCUGCAGACAUUUUAGAACGAACAAUCAGAGCAGCUGUGGAACAGCACCUUUUCGACCUGCAGAGCAGCUUAGAUAAUGAUCUUAAACAAAUACAGCAACACAGACUGGGCUGUAACAAUGAUGCAAACAAUCCCAGCGGGGAUGAGGAAGGAUCUAACAACCAGAAUGAUGUUAUUGAAAAUAACGACAUUGGUAGCAGUGAGAACGUGGAAGACUGCUCUGAAGUAUCGGUUAGCACAGAUUUAGGCAACGAAGAUAUGAAACAUGAUACUGUAACUGAGGAGGAAGAAAGUGUUCAGGUACUGGCCCUUCCUUCUGCUGAGCCUGCAGAUGGAUUAUUGAAACAAUGUGAUAAAGAUGCAGAUGUCGAUGGAGAAAAUAAUAGUGAAAGGCAAAAUAGUAUUUUGGUUGAUGGCAAUGAUAGAAUAUCUUCAGAAAUGUUUCUGGAUUCAAGUACCAAAGCUUGUGAUCUCAAUGCAAAUACUGAUUCGGAGGUGUCAGGGGAUGGUGAUGUUUUUGUUCCUGAGGAAGCUCUGAGUGUCCAAGUACCACGUUUAGAUCUGAAGAAUGCAUCUGAUGGUGACAAAUGGGAAGAUCCAUUUCCUGCUUUUAAGUCUUGGCAGGAAGACAGUGAAUCUGGAGAAGCUCAGCUUUCCCCACAGGCUGGAAGAAUGACUAAUCAUCCCUUGGAGGAGGACUGUCACCCGAUAUUGUCACAUCGUAGUUUGGACUUUGGGCAGAGCCAGCGUUUCUUACAUGAUCCAGAAACAUUAGAUUCUUCAUCCAAAGCACUUUCUUUUGUUAGAACACGAAGAGCAUCUUUCAGCUCAAAAGAUGACAAAAGGGAAGACAAGACACCUUAUCAGCUUGUCAAGAAACUACAGAAAAAAAUAAAGCAAUUUGAGGAACAAUUUGAAAAAGAGAGGAACAGUAAGCCCUCCUACAGUGAUAUUGCAGCCAAUCCAAAAGUUUUAAAAUGGAUGACCGACCUUACCAAAUUAAGAAAGCAAAUAAAAGAUGCAAAGCAGAAGAGCUCAGAUGGAGAAUUCAUACCUCAAACACGUCCACGAAGCAACACUCUACCAAAAAGCUUUGGUUCCUCUCUUGACCAAGAAGAUGAAGAAAAUGGAGAUGAGAUGCGGAUUGUGCAGAAAGAGAAGAAGCCCACCAAGGAAGCUACACUUGAACUGAUUUUGAAAAGAUUAAAGGAAAAGCGAGUGGAGAGAUGUUUGCCAGAAGAUAUAAAAAAAAUGACGAAGGAUCAUUUGGUAGAAGAGAAAACAUCUCUCCAGAAAAGUCUCCUGUUUUAUGAAAGUCAACAUGGACGACCGGUUACUAGAGAAGAAAGACAUAUUGUGAAGCCACUUUAUGACAGAUACAGACUUGUAAAACAAAUGUUAACUAGAGCAAGCAUUACUCCUAUUCUUGGUUCACCAUCAACCAAGAGGCGGGGGCAGAUGUUACAACCCAUCAUUGAAGGAGAAACUGCCCACUUCUUUGAAGAAAUUAAGGAAGAAGAGGAGGAAAGUGACGGUUUGUCUGCAGACCUGAAUGAUAUCUUAAAAUCCGCUGUCCAAACACAGUCUGUUUUAAGCCCGGUUGAGAACUCGGAGUCCGAUGUUGAAGAUGGUCAAGAGAAACUGACCCGGGACCUUAGGCUGUCAAGCACCCGAGCUGCUUCUAUGCCUGAAUUAUUGGAGCAACUGUGGAAAGCCAGAGCUGAAAAGAAGAAGCUACGCAAGACAUUACGAGAAUUUGAAGAGGAGUUUUAUCAGCAGAAUGGAAGGAAUGUACAGAAAGAAGAUCGGGUUCCAAUGCUUGAUGAGUACAGGGAGUACAAGAAAAUUAAAGCCAAACUUAGGCUGUUAGAAGUCCUUAUCAGCAAACAAGAUUCUUCAAAAUCAAUUUAACUUAGGUUCCUCCAAACCAUUGAAUAACAUUUUGCUUAUACUACCACUGUACUUACUGAGUGCUUAUGUUCAUAUAUCAUGCACUGUUGACAGAAUAC